GUAGAAGUUAAUUUAUUGUUUAUAGAAGAACGGGGUGAUUAGUUUAAAUAAGGGACAAUGGCAAAAUGGUUACCUAUCAUAUCAACUUUAUUGUUACCUCUAGCAGUUCCAACGAAUUUCGAAGAGUUUCCAAUUUGCAAAUUCCAAUUUAGCCACCAAGGACAACAGAUGACUUGUUCUAAUGCCAAUAUGAAUUUUUUUCACAUGUUCGACAUUCCUCUUAAUCGCACUCAUUGGUUCAAAUGCCAAAAUUGUUCUUUGGAUAUCCUCGACGAGACAACGUUCAAUUUCCCGAAGUUGAACAAUAUUUCCAUAGUGGAUUUUCAUAAUUGUGGUGUUAGGGUAUUAAGAAAACACGCUUUCGAGAAAUUUUUUUUAUUAAAAAUAUUAAUUUUACAUAAUAAUAGUAUACAAAUGUUGGAAACUAUGUGUUUUAUGGGAGUAAAGAGGUUAAUGCAUCUCGAUUUGAGUACAAAUUAUAUUAAAAUAUUAACCAACAAUUUAUUUUUGGAUCUAGAAAACUUGGAUGUAUUAAAUUUGAGUUUCAAUCGAAUCGUUUUUAUAAAUUCGGAAGCUUUUUCCGGCUUAUAUAAUCUCAAAUAUCUUUAUUUGAAUUAUAAUCAACUGGAUAAAUUAGAGGAAAAUAUGUUCAGGCAUUUACGUAACCUAAAAAUUCUGUAUUUAGAACACAACAGAAUCCACAAUAUCCACCCAAAUACUUUUAAUAAUUUAAUAAAUUUACAUUUUUUAUAUAUCAGCCACAACAGUAUUAGUUAUUUAGUUCAAUAUAAUUUUAAGCAGUUAACUAGUCUCAUAGAUCUACAAUUGAGUUAUAAUAAUUUAACAGAAGUACAAACAAGUUCAUUUAACGGUCUGAAAAAUCUUCGAUCUCUUCAUUUAGGCAAUAAUUUCUUAAAAACAGUCAAACCCUAUGGUUUCAUAGGUUUGGAUAAUAUAGAAAUAUUAGAUUUAGUUAAUAAUUUAUUCGAAUACAUCGAAUUUUUUGAUUAUUUCGGCCACAUGGAGAAACUAAGAUAUCUAUGGUUGAACAUAAAUUCAAUAAACAAAAUAAAUUUCGAUUAUAAAUAUGAAGUACAAAAUUUGUUGACAGUUCUCGAUGUCAGUGAUAAUAAUUUAACCAGUUUUAACUUUAAAACGCUUUAUAAAAAUCUACCCAAUGUUAAAGAAAUUGUAGUAGCAAAUAAUUCUUUAAAUUGUGAUUUUAGCUUGGAUAUGUACAAGUUUUUCGAAAAUAUCAAUGUUACAGUGUGUUCUAAUUAUAACUGUGAUCCAAUUUCUACAGAAACUGUUUGUAUUAAUGAUACUGAUGAAGUAACAGAAUUAAAAGUAGAGGAUUUUCCCAUGGAAUCUUCUAUAAACACAGGGAUCCAACUAAACUACUCAAUGUUGUAUCUGAUAGUGGUUUUGCUAGAAUGGCUAUGA